AUGGAUCGUAAUCUGAUCGUCGGUUUAACGGGCACCCAAAGUUCUUGUCAACAAACGCGUAAUUGCCUUGUUCGACUUUUCUUCUGUCAAGUCGUCUGCAACACUAUUAUGGCUACAAGAGAUGAUUAUCUCGAUUUUAAGAAUGCUCUGAAUGAUUUAAAACUGAAUAGCAAACCAUUGAUUAACUUUUUGACAAUCUUAGCGGAAGAAAAAAUACAAAAUGCACCACAAAUCGUUCGAGCUAUUGAAGAACGUAUAGCAGAGGCCAGAGGUGAACAUGUCUUACCAGCUCUAUAUGUACUCGAUUCUAUAGUAAAAAAUCUACGUUCAUCGGUUUACGUUCAAUUAUUCGAAGCACGUUUGCCCGUACUAUUUGCCAAUGCAUUCAAUAAAGUUGAUGAACGCACACGAUCAUCGAUGUUUAAGCUUCGUCAAACCUGGCCGCCUUUUUUCACCAAUCUCGCAUUGUAUAAUCUUGAUACGCGAACAUAUGACAUCGAUCCAGCAUGGCCAAUAACUGCAAAAGUACCCGAUCCGUCGUCUGUGUCGCAAAACAUUCAUUUAAAUCCAAAUUUUCUUCAACGAGAUGCAAUAUCUACUAUGCCGACCGAUCAACAAUCCUUAAGUGACGAAGUUCGCCAGCAGAUCUUACGAUUGCAGCAAGAUGAUCCCGAGUCGUCAACGUUUCGUACCCGAACGGUUAAUCAACCUCCAAUAUCUUUAGCACCACCAAAACUUUCGGAACUUUCUACUCGUGGUGAUACCUACCAUAUGAUACCAAUCGAACGUAUGGAACAAAUUCGACACGAGACAGCACAUGUACUUGAUCUCGGUGUUGAUGGAGAACAACAAUCAAAAAUUAAGAAGUCGACGGGAAAGAAGAAAAAAGGAGGCAAAAAACGACGGCCAUCAGCCCGCUUACGACGACGUGCAACGGCUUUGUCACAAGCAAUGGCUAAUACUGAACAAGAAACGUCAUCUGAGAUUGAUACCGACGAAGAUGAAAAUGAAAAUUUGAAUAAUAAUGAUGAAGAAGACGAUGAUGAUGACGAUGAGCCGUUUAUUAUCAAACAAUCUUUGGCCGCUAUCAAUAAUGGACUUUUGACGAAACCAUCAGCCCGCGAUGUCGAUAGUACAAAUGAUGUAAACAUCUUAUUUGGUAAUAGUGAUAAAGAUUAUCGAGAUUCCGAUACGACAACAACUGAAUCAAACUCAAGAAAUCUCGAUGCUGAUAGUAUAUUCGAAAUCAAUUCCAAAUGUCUUUUACUCGCUGAACAAAAGUAUAAACUGAAAGAAUUAUCAUCCGAAGAAUAUCAGGCAACUUUGAAACUUCUUCAAAACAUUCUCCAGAGCGAAGCACAACGACUGACCGUCCAACAACAAACUACGAAUACAUCGCUAUUAAAUGGUACGAAUUGUCAACCAAGUCAUUCAUUUCAGCAGCAACUGCUUCAGUUCGCUCAACAACAUGCACCACAAACAGCAGUAACGUCUCAACUUCCAACUUUUCCGACUCCACCAUUUCCAUUUCCGGGUUUUGGUAACGAUGCCUAUCGUCAUGCUAUGCAAAUCUUAACAACUGUUGGCGCACCCUCAUCUUUCAUAUCGAAUUAUAAUUUCCUACCUUAUCUUCCGCCAUUACCACCAGGUCCACCCGCAUUGUCACUUGUACAAAAUGCAUUUCAAUCUCAACAAACAGCAACGACAACUCUGCCGGAUCAACAAUUAUUUUCUGUGCAUCAAAGUCCACCAUUGAAACGACCGCAUGAUGAAAAUAAUAAUAACAGUAAUAAUUCAUACGAUGAGGAAGAUAACAAAAGAGCACGCUAUGAUCCUGUCACGGGUCGCGCAGCACAUCCACGUAAUUUCGAUGAAGAAAACGUUGCACCAGUACCAGUUCUAAUCGAUGCCAAUAUAAAUAUGCUUAAAAAAAAAUAUGUUGGUAUCGCUCAACAACUAUACGUUAGCAAAUAUCAGUGUCGUUCGUGUGGUCUUCGUUUUACUGCCAAACAAAAGAAUUACUAUAAUUGUCAUCUCGAUUGGCAUUAUAUGGAGAAUGCCCAAGAAAAAGACUUGAAUACGACAACAUCAGCCCUCGCCUUAUCGAGACGCAGUCGAAAUUGGUAUCCAUCAGUACAAGAAUGGACACUCUACGAAGAAAAUCUUGAAGAACAAGUUCGAACAGGCAAACUCAUAUCAGCACAAUUUCGACCGCUCAAAGAGAACAGUGUUUUUCUACAAGGAGAAAAUACUGUAUCGGCAUCAGGAGUGAUCUCCUGUCCAGCAACAGGCAAUGGUGAUGGUGAUGAUGAUCGAUGCUUUGUAUGUCACGAUCCAUUUGAGAACUUCUUCGAUGAUAAUAGAGAAGAAUGGCAUUUGAAAGAUGCCAUGCGAAUAGAUGGAAAAACUUACCAUCCAAUCUGUUUUCAAGAUGUGCAGUAUGAAGCGAUGAAUGAAAAUGCGACAGCGUCUGAUUUGUCGGCUGGUGAUGCUUCGUCCGUACCAUCGAAUGUGAUUUUGGAUGGAACUAGUAACCUCUUAUCCGACACACCGACUACUGAUUCGACAAUGACUGUUAAAACUGAUAAUGAUGAUACAAAAGACGAAUGUUCAACACUACUGGAUGAUUCCACACAGUCGACUUAUCUUUCUUCGAUGUCGUUCGUCAAUCUUGUUGAAACAAUCUUUAUGAAAAAAGAAGAUAUCAAACCCGUUGAAACCGUCCAAGAAGAAACACCAACGAAUGAAGUAGAAAAUUCGACAACUAUAUCGGAAGAGAUACCAUUCCUAACGGCGACGAAUGCACCGGAGAACAUAGAAACAACAUUCGAUUAA